AUGGUGUCGGAAAUGUCUGAAUCGUCUUUGUCUGAAUCGUUAUCUCUCGGCAUGGGAGAUAAAUCGAGAGCGAUGCGAGAGUUUGGCGGGGGAGGAAGAGGAUUUGGAUUUGGAGGAAAGAAAGAAGGAUUUGACGAGGAGGAAUCUUCGUCGUCGUUUUCAUCAUCACCGUCUGAAUCAUCGUCGGGAGAGGAGGACGUCGAAGAGGAGGAGGAGGAGGAAAAAGAAGGAAACUUUAAGGAGAAUGCGAAACCUUCGACGGGAAAAAGGGGCAAAUUUGCCUUCUUUUCGUCGGGGUUAGAAGAGAUGACCAGACGAAAAGGAGGAGGAGGAAGAGAAGAUGAUGAUGAUGAUGAUGAUGAUAUCGAAGAUGAUGAUGAUGAUAUCGAAGACGAUAUAGACGACGAUGAAAUUUUAGAGGUUCGCGAGUACAACACGCAUCGGGAGCAUCAGCAAUGGCAAAAUCAAAAGCUUCCUCCUCCUUUGCUUCCGAACGCGAAUACUAGUACUAAUAAUAACAAUAACAAAAACAAAGAGUGGCGGAAACUUCUUCCGCAUUACGUUCCAGCCUCGGAACUCUUCCUCGGCUCGAGGGUGAAUAACGAAGUCGUGUUUGUCGAUUACCAGGCGCAAUUUAACUCAAACGGGAAAAGGAAGACGCAAGUGCCCAUGACAAUCGGGGAGAGAGAGGCGUAUGACGCGCAAAUGCAAAAUCCGUUCAAUACUAGUAAAAAUAACAACGGCGCGAAUAAUCAACAAGAAGCGAGAUGGUACACGACCGGCGCCGGCGUGCGCACGUACGUCACGAAAACCGGGCAAAAGUUAACCGGAAAGAGAGCGUACGACGCCUCCAUAAAAGACCAGCAGAAAUGGGGUUUGUAA